AUGGACCAUACCAAACAGGGGUAUGUUCCAAAGGCCGUUGCAGACACAUUCCGGGCUGGUCGUAAGAAGGUCUACAACGCCCCUAGAGGAGUCCUGGUCGAUGAGGCGGAUCGUGGCAGCGCGCCGGGUGAAGUGGUUAAAGUUGAAAGCAGCAAGUAUAAGAUGAAGACGAGGCUUAUAUAUUGCCAACGGUGCUUUGUACUACAGAAGUAUCACCGCUUACCCGAUCCUAAGCAAGAGGAGGAUAGGCUCAGAAGGAGGGAGAUCGAUGAGGGGCCUCCCGUAGAGGAGGCCAGAGAUGAGGAGGAGGAAGGGGAGGACGAAGACUCGAUACAAAUAGAACCCUUACAAGAGCUGGACGCUGACGAGCUGGCUGAGGUCUCCAAGCAGACCUCUAUGGGGUAUUACCGUAUGAAAGGCGGGUACCAGUGGCAGGAAGAAGAGGAGAUCGUUGCUAAGGUUGUUAAGAGCAUCAGGAAAGACUCACUCGUCCUCAUGUUGGUGGACAUUCUGGACUUUGAAAGCUCCAUCGUGCCCGAGCUGUUCGAGUCGUGUCGACAGAAGAACCUCCAAGUGAUGUUCGUUAUUAAUAAGAUAGAUGGCAUCCCCUUCUACGAGAAGAAGAAACAUCAGAUUCGUCAGUGGGCCACCCGAAUGAGUCGUCAGAUCAAGAACGCUCAGUGGUCGGAUGUGGUUCUCGUAUCUUCACUAAACGGUACGGGCUUUGCAGAAUUGGAAGACCGGAUGCGACAGUACCUCUCAGCCGAUAAGCCCAGGUGGAUAUACAUCGUGGGAAGAGUGAACACGGGCAAGAGCACAUUUGUUAACCGCUGGCUACGCCAUAUCGGUUACACCCAUCUUGGGACCGUCAACUACAAGCGUGGCACGUGA